UGUGGGGGGAGGACUUUCUGAUGGAGGGAGGCUCAGGUGGGCAGAGGAGUGGGCACGGGAGGGUACCCGGGAGGGGCAGUUCCAGCUUGCCCACUGCCGGUUUUGGUGGCCUGCCCUUAACAGGAGCUCGGUGGAGGCUGAAUGACCGAGGGGAGUCAUUGGAGAGGCUAGAAGGCUGCAGAUCCUGAACCUUUGCUUCCCUUCAACAGUGACCAAAUCACUUCUAAGUGCAGGAGUGACCGAGACAACUGGAAAGUGCCCCAAAUGCCCCUUGACAUUUCGGCAUCUCUGCUGGGCCAGGAGUAGAUCUGGCCAUGUGCUGGCAAUCCCGAACGCUCCACAACUCACGGAGUUCUCCUACCAACCCUCCUUAGGAAUUCCGUCUGGCCCUGGUUAGAAAAUCAGAGACGCGGCCCCGAGAUUGAUGAGUUUGCCUGGGGGGGUCAGUGAGGAGCUGAAACCAAGGCGAACAUGGGUCAGAAGGUCACCGGAGGGAUCAAGACCGUGGACAUGAGAGACCCCACGUACCGGCCGCUGAAGCAGGAGCUCCAGGGACUGGACUACUGCAAGCCCACGCGGCUGGACCUGCUGCUGGACAUGCCCCCCGUGUCCUACGACGUGCAGCUGCUGCACUCGUGGAACAACAACGACCGCUCGCUCAACGUCUUUGUGAAGGAGGACGACAAGCUGAUCUUUCACCGGCAUCCCGUGGCCCAGAGCACAGACGCAAUCAGGGGCAAAGUUGGGUACACGCGAGGGCUGCACGUGUGGCAGAUCACGUGGGCCAUGAGGCAGCGGGGCACACACGCUGUGGUGGGAGUGGCGACGGCAGACGCUCCCUUGCACUCCGUGGGGUACACGACCCUCGUGGGGAACAACCACGAGUCCUGGGGCUGGGACUUGGGGCGCAACCGGCUCUACCAUGAUGGCAAGAACCAGCCAAGUAAAACGUACCCGGCCUUUCUGGAGCCGGACGAGACGUUCAUCGUCCCCGACUCCUUCCUGGUGGCCCUGGACAUGGACGACGGGACCCUGAGCUUCAUUGUGGAUGGACAGUACAUGGGAGUGGCUUUUCGGGGACUCAAGGGCAAAAAACUGUAUCCCGUAGUGAGUGCCGUCUGGGGCCACUGUGAGAUCCGCAUGCGCUACUUGAACGGACUCGAUCCUGAGCCGCUGCCGCUCAUGGAUCUCUGCCGCCGCUCCGUGCGCCUGGCCCUGGGGAAGGAGCGGCUGGGGGAGAUCCACACGCUGCCGCUGCCUGCCUCCCUCAAGGCCUACCUCCUCUACCAGUGACGCGCUCCCCGGGACCGCCAGCGCGACAGCCACCUGGUGCCAACUCACUGAGCCGCCCGCCGCAGGGGCCGCCGCACCCCACGCCUUGGACCAGCGUCCGCAGCCAUGGACAGAAGUCCCUGCUCUUCCCUUCGCCCUCCCUGGCUGCCUCCACCAGACAAGGACCUACUGCAACACAGGCUCCUCUUUCCCUCUCCGGACACUGGCGGAAGGCAGCGUCCCUGCAUGCCGUAAACAGCCCCUCCUCGACGAGAGACACAGAGGACAAACCCCUGCCAAAGGCCUACACUGAGCUCCGACCUGCUCUCAGAGUGGGAUGUGCGCUGCAGCCACCCGGGGGUCCCGGGGUAGGGCCACCACUCCGAGCGCAGAGACCAGGAGUGCUAAGAGGUGCUUAGACAAGGGCUGGCGCCAGGCCACAGGUGCCCAGCCCAGCGGGGCCAUGCCGCGGCAGAUGAAGCUCAGGACAUCAAACACUCACCACGGACACCAAGGCAGAAACCAAGAUUGGACCCUCCGCAGGCAAAAGCACCCAGCAUCAAUCCCAGCUGCCGGUGCCCUGUACCCUGUAUUUAUUCUUUUAACAAUAACAAAAGCCAUUUAUUUA